AUGACCUCCACUCCAAAAGGCACAGAUAGAGGCAACUCCGAACUGGAAGAUGUUUUGGCUGAUGGCACCUUUAUGGGACCAAUGCGGCAAAUGCUUGAUGGUCAUGGGCAGAUUGCUUAUGUAUAUGUGCCUUUUACUACAUCUGAUCUGUUUAAUUGGAAGAAUCAGAUGCCAGGUUUAAGGGAAGAUCAAGACAAACAUUGCCAGUUGUGGGAGACUAUUUUUGCCAGCCACCACCCCACUUGGGCAGAUAUUCAGCCAUUAAUGAAUACUCUCCUCAGUCCAGAGGAGAAGUCACUAGUACUUUCUCAAGCCAAUGCCCUUGCAUUAGAAGAACAGAGACAAGGUGGCAACGCGCCCGGUUUGGCCCCAGCACAUGUUUUACCAAAACCAGAAGUACGCCUAAGCUUAAAGGAAUUAGUGACAGAGGAACCUAUGGAGAAGCUGUACCAGGUGGGCCCGCUGCUAGGCAGUGGCGGCUUCGGCUCGGUCUACUCGGGCACCCGGCUGGCAGAUGGAGCUCUGGUGGCCAUCAAGCAUGUGUCCCGGGACCGGGUUUCCGAAUGGGGAGAACUGCCUAGUGGGACUAGGGUACCCAUGGAGAUCUUGCUCCUGAAGAAGGUUGGUUUUGGCUUUCGGGGAGUAAUCCGUCUUCUGGACUGGUUUGAGAGGCCGGACAGUUUUAUUUUGGUUUUGGAGUGGCCUGAUCCUGUGCAAGAUCUCUUUGACUUCAUCACAGAGAGAGGGGCUCUGCCUGAGGAUUUGGCUCACAGCUUUUUCCGUCAGGUUUUGGAAGCAGUUCGACACUGCUACAGCCGUGGUGUUCUACACCGGGAUAUUAAGGACGAGAAUAUCUUGAUUGACCUGAGCAGUGGAGAGCUCAAACUUAUAGACUUUGGAUCUGGAGCACUGCUCAAGGACAUAGUGUACACUGACUUUGAUGGUACUCGUGUAUAUAGUCCUCCAGAAUGGAUUCGUUAUCACAAGUAUCAUGGCAGAUCUGCUACUGUCUGGUCACUUGGAGUAUUGCUGUAUGACAUGGUCUGUGGUGAUAUCCCCUUUGAACAUGAUGAGGAGAUCGUAAGGGGUCAAGUCUAUUUUUGGCAAAGGAUUUCUCCAGAGUGCCAACAUCUCAUUAAGUGGUGUUUGGCUUUGAGGCCUUCUGACAGGCCAUCCCUUCUGACCCAUUCUUGGAUGCAAGAUGUUCUCAUGCCUCAGGAAACAGCCGAGAUCUACUUACACAGUCUAAUUCAAGAGUUUAGCAAAUAG